AGAGGUCAACAGCAGGUUUACGACAAAGCAGCGAAAAGUUAUCUGUGGAAAAGUGUGUUCUCUCGAUAGCGUCCUCAUCCUUUUCGUACUACAAACGGAAAUUUGAUCUGUCGCGGUUCGGUCUUUCACCAAGCACUGACCAUCGCUGGCCGCGAACCUUCUGUUCAUGGAUGCAAUCAAUAAGUUUUACACGUCCGUGUCACAAACGGUGUCAACCUUAUCAUCCGUGUUCCUGGGCAAUCCGCUGACGAAGGAGUAUGAUAUCGCGGAGCAUAUUGGUUCGGCUGGAACAGAAUUCAUAUGGAAGAUCUACACAGGGUGCAAACGAUCGACGAAGGAACCGGCGGCGAUCUUUGUGUUCGACAAGAAGCAGCUAGAACUGUUUACCAAAGAUGAGCGGGAAGAGAUCUGCGAAAAUGUGCGCCGCGGGGUGGUGCAGCUAACGAAGAUCCGCCAUCCGCAGGUGCUAACCGUACAGCACGCGAUGGAAGAGAGUCGCGAUACGAUCGCGUUUGCCACCGAACCCGUCGUCGCCAGUUUGGCGAACCUGCUCGGCAGCACAACGAACGUGGCCAAUACAGGCUUACUGGCAGAGUACAAGCUGUCUGAGUUCGAGACUCGCUUUGGGGUGUUUGAGCUGCUCAAAGGCGUACGGUUUUUGCACGAUGAGGCACAGCUCAUUCACCGAAACAUCUGCACGGAAAACAUCAUCGUCAAUCGGCAGGGAGUGUGGAAGUUGUUUGGUUUCGGUUACUGCUGGAGCAAAAGGCCACCAGCGGUUCCAGUGACGAAUCAUCACUUCAAACAACGACUGUUGGGCAAUCCGGCAUCGCGCUGGACGGCUCCGGAGCUGGUUCUAGAAAACAGUUGCAACGAAGCGACGGAUAUUUAUUCUUUAGGCAUCCUGAUAUAUACGAUACACAGCCGAGAGAACAUUCCAACGCAAGACGCUUCCUCGGAUCUGUAUGGAUAUAAGCAGUCGGUAACUAAGUUAAGCAAUCAGGGUCCGGCCAGAAUCACGGCAGUGCCAGAGACACUACGGGGGGAGGUCAAAAAGAUGCUUAACGUUAACCCACAAACACGCCCGACUAUCCAAUCACUACUUCAGAUUUCAUAUUUCUGUGACACGUACGUACAAUGUCUCGAUAGCCUGGAAACAUUGUUCCCGAAGGAUAAUCUGGAAAAGUCGGAGUUCUACAAGCGGCUCGCUCAAAUCAUCGGGGACUUUCCACACCGAGUGCGCUUAUAUCGCAUUCUUCCCUCACUGGUGAAGGAAUUUGUCAACUGCUCGAUGAUACCGUUCGUCCUAACAAACAUUCUUACCAUCACCGGUAGCUGUACUCGCGCGGAGUAUAUGCAAAACAUCAGUACACAUCUGCGACCCGUCAUGCUUCUCGAUGAGCCGGUUCAAAUUAUGCUGAUUUUCUUCCAAAAUUUGGACGUCCUGUUGAAAGUGUGUCCACCGGAGGAAAUACGGGUCAGCAUACUGCCGCUCGUGUACAAGGCGCUUGAAUCGAAGGCACAACAAAUUCAGGAGCUGUGCCUUUCCAUCAUUCCAUCAAUCAUAGUUCAUCUGGACAAGACAACGAUCAAAGGAGGGCUAGUGCCUCGCAUUAAAACGCUCUGCUCCAGUACCAACCUGGUGUCCGUGCGCGUGAAAUGUCUUCUUUGUCUUGGGCAGCUUGCACCGAAGAUCGAGAAAUGGGUCAUGAUCGAUGAUAUCGUUUCAUAUCUUCCGUCCGUCAACUGCCGUGAACCGGCCGUUAUUAUGGCAAUCGUAGGUGUGUAUAAGGUAGCGUUUACAACGGAAGGUAUUGGUAUUCCGAAGGAUGUGCUUGCCUGCAAGGUUUUGCCACAUCUAUUCCCAAUGACGAUUGUGAAUGGGCUGACGGUGCAACAGUUUCAGGCCAUAAUUUCGCUGAUCAAGGAGUUUACGCGAAAAAUUGAAGAUGAACAGGGAGAAAAGCUGGGUGGAAAGUUGCCUACCUCCGCCAGUGGUAGUAGUUUAGGGGAAAAACAAAACAAUGGCUCCGAUUUACAACACUCCUUUGGACGAUUGGAUCUUAGUACAACGGCUUCUGAUCCUUACGGUGAUUUCAUGCAAUCCUCGUCGACUUCUAAACCCCCCAUCCUAUCCCCUACGCAGCAACGUCCCAUCAAUUCUGCGCUGCAACCGACUAUGCAAUCCUCCGGUACUCUCAAUUGGAAUGUUCCUUCGGUAACAACGACGGCCAAAGAAAAUAGCAACAGGUACAACAACAUGCUCACGCAACAACAAUCCGCACUUUCGAUGCCAAGUUCUGGAAAAGUGGAUCGACCAACGGCAUUCAGUGCGCAAGCGAAUACGGCGACGUUUCCAAUGGCUGGUACUGGAAUGGGCUCAGCGAUGGUUCCCCACAAUUGGAUGGCGGGGAACGGACCAACGCUCAUGUCUUCGGGGGUAACCUCACCAGUAUUGAAGGCUCCAGAUGCAUCCUCACAGUACGGCCAACUGCAACCGCUCAUUCCACUUCCAACUAAAACUAACCAGAACUCGGGCAAAUCCAGUGUCACGAGUCCUAUGCUUUCAAAGGAGGAUAUAAUGGAGUUUCUCCAGAAAUAAGAUAAUAGAAAGGAGGGGAUGGCCAUGCUUAUUCAUGUUAUUGUGUUAUUUGGUUUGUCGGCAAUUCAGCUUAAUCUUCAUCUGCACAGCACUUCCAACCGAUUUGUUCGUUAUUCCGAUGAAAAAUAGUCAAUAAAUUAAAACAAACGAACAAUUCAACACUUGACAUGCAUUGAGAUGGAAUUAUG